AGUCGCACGUUCCAGACCAGUCGCGACACCACGAGUCAUCGAAGUUUUGUUCGAAUCCUGCAAUUUUUAAUAUUUUCACGUCUCACAGGCCAUGGUAGCAUUUUUUUUUCUUCGUCUGAUAAACAUCGGCGAAGCUUUACGCCGAAUCAACGCACGCGGGGACAGCGCGGUCUUCUACCGCGCUGUCGUCCGGCGACCGAUCGUCGCAGCGGACAAGCACCAUUCGCUCUUCGAGUACUGCCGUCACUUCGCUAUUGGAGAAUCCGGAUUCAGAGUCCUUUUCAAUCUCAGUCACGAAGGCAUCAAAAAGAGUCCUGCCGAAAGCCCGCGAACUGACUAUCUACCCGCCGGCGGAACAUCGUGGAAAAUCAAGCUUGUCCUGAUUCUCCUGUUCGCCUUCCUGACCAUUCUCCUGGGCGCGCUGUGCUACGCCCUGUUCAGCUUUCUCACAGCGGCACCCGAGCCGAACACUCGUGCACCCUGGGUCGUCACCGCUGAGGGAGAAAGCGACGACGACGACGAGACUUUCACAGAGGAAUCAACUUCUGAGGGCAGCCACGUGGACCCUGUGUCUCCUGCGGUCACCGUGCCCACGGUUAGGCGCACUACUUCUUCGUCUAUCGGUGAGGAAGUGACUGCGGGUGACUCGAUGAGUGCUACGACUCCGCAGGCCCACGACAACGAGCCUCCCGCUCCUAACCGGAACAGUGACUUAACCGCGGCGGGCACCACGACCACGGGUACGACUUGGAGGACUGCUCUUGCGACUCCCGAGCUUAGCGCCGCAGCUACAAAAGCCGGCGUGUCCUUGACGGCUACGCCGAGACGCGUUGUUACCGUGAAUAACAGAACGACAACUGCCAGCAUGUCUAUGACUACGUGGCCAGGUGCCGCGACUCCGAGGCUUAGGACCCCGAGUAAAGUUACCAAUAUAUCUACGACUCCAGGGUCCACUACUUCGCGUCCCGCGCCUACCACGCCAGCAACACGACCCGGAAUCUAUCCCAUGGGCAGAGCUCCCCUGUUCUGCACGUUCGGCGUCCAUCGGCAGGACUACGACAAGAUCAACGUCGAAGCCUGCGACUACGCCUUCAUACCGUUCUACGUGCAGGGCAGAGACACCUCGUCGACGACAGCAACCCGAUCACGCAGAAGUUGAUCUCUGGGGCGGUCGCAUCGAACAAGACGUCGUUUGCCAUCAGCGUACCCCACGCGAACCGAUCAGUCGUGCAGCAGCAUUUGAACAGCAAGGCGGGUCAGGACAGAAUCAAGCAGUACUGGACAACGAAGAACAUCUACCACUACGCCGUCUUCGACAUAGGCAUCAGGCCAAGCGAGCGUUCGCAAAGCGAGCGCAUUAUGAGAGAAUCGUUCGACUUGCUAAAGAUGUUCAGACGCCGACAGAAGGACCUUAUGGUGAGCAGUCCGGGCCAGAGUACUAGCCCCAGGCGUGGCUUUCUUGUAGCGAGCUUCUACCUUUGGCCGAGCACCCAGCAGCCCGCCCUCUCGGAACUCAGCAAGAAC